CUGCUUCUGUCCUUUUCUUUUUUUCAGAAGAAAAAACUAGCUCUCUGAAAUGAGCUUGCUUUACCUACAAAGUGCCUUUGAAACCAAGAUCCUAAUUUUGCAGCCCAGCCUGGUCCUGAGUAAAAUUGUGUGUGUAUACACACACAAUAUUUUAUUUUCCUAACUUGGCAAAUAGAGGAAGGAAGCGUGUUGAAGUACUUAGAGUCCAAUACAUGGAAGCCAAAUGCAAGUUUCAAACUGAAGUGCUACAGUGCUGCGGACAAGCAUUAUGAAGGGAAAGAGAUGGGGAGAGCAAAUUAGAGAUAAGGCAGAUGAAUCGGAAAGGAGGAGGCAGGGGGAUAAAAUUUAAUUUACUAGAAAGUAGAGAUUCAGGUUAGUAAGAUAUUUUAAAACCAUUUAAAAUUCAAAUAUUAACAAAGUAAUGUCAGACUGUUUUACUUUGAUUAUUCUAUAAGCAGAAUAAGUUUUUUUAACUUUGAAAUUAUCUUUCAACUUCGAAUUUUAUUUUUCUAAAAUGACAUUUUAAAAUGUACAAACACAUUAAACAGAACCAGCUGAAUAUCAGCUGGAAUAUGACAGAAUAGACCCUGAUCCCUCCCUCAACUUCCCAGCCCCACUGCUCUCCAGUGAAGUUGAAAAUCCAAGAUUUAGCCCAACUGCAGUGAAAUACAAUUUCUCCUGUAGUUAGAUGAGACCACUGAUGAGACCUGGGCAGAUUCCUGAAUCAGUGCAUCAUUUAGUGCUGCAAGAAGACAUGAACAACUUCAUAUUAAAGCUUUAACUUCAAAUCUGCAGGCAGAUGGCUUGCUGAUUCAAUACGUAAAUGCUCAUUUGAACUAAUGGUAUAAGAGAGAUUUCUGUUAUUGGAUUACUUUGGUUUACAUUAUUAAUGUGGCAACAUUAUGUCCAGAUAAACCAGCAAUUAGCUAUUUCCCAGUCACGUAACUGUUAAUCUUUUCCUAAAAGAUGGGAAGUAGCAUGCUGGGACUCCUCUCAUGACUGCUGGAGAGAGCAACAGCAGAACAUGGAGCAUUUUUAAUCAUUUGUAUCCAGCAUUUAUGUACUUACAAUAAAAACAAAGCACCAUUUACAAAUCCGAUGUCAUCUACUGAAACUUGUAAAAAUUUGGGAACUAAGUAAGUUAGGUGGUUUUUUUUUUCAAAGCAAUUGAGAGUUAUUCUUGUUAUGACUGCUUCCUGUUCCCGUGCUGAAUUAAGCUGGCACAGGAGCAGUGUGGUUGGUAGGGCUCAUUUCCUCACUUCCCCUCCUCCAAUUUAAUUUACAAGCUGCUGGACAUUGUCCAGCAGGAAAUCCAGUCUUAUUGAGAAAACCAUCAAAAGCUGCAGAAGAUACUUGCUUUAAAUUAUAGUGUGGUUUCAAAUGAGAUCUAGAAAUGUUUCCAGGAACCCAGACAAGAGUUGGUCCCUCCUCAUGCCAGGCUUUGGUGAAGCUGAACCGCUUGGCACACCUUCCCAGAGCAGCCCACGGAUGGGACCCCAUGUGAGUGGCCGGGGAACCAACCUGCAGAAAACCUUGCAGAACCAGGUGAGCCCAGUCACCCCAACGUUUCCUGAGUCCAUUUGCUUAGGUCCUGAUUUGUGGGAUUUUCUACAUCUUGAGGUAGAGGCAUGAGGUGCUGCCAGCCUGGUCCCAUGCUGCAAGACCCCUGCCCGUGCCGUAGCAUCAGUACUGCCACAUCAAACCUUGGAGCAGUCUGAAACUGCAACAGAGAUGCUGUGUGUCUGCAGACAGGCACAGAGAAAGGGUGAAAUGUCCCUUCUUUGCCUGUUUCCUCUGAAGAGAAAAAGUGAACAAGAAUUGAAAUUCCUGGGAGGAAACAAAGUAACCCUACCUGGUGGACCAUGGUUUUUUUAUACAGGAUAAAUCAUCUGACAUAUGCAGGGAAAUCACACUGCAGUGCCUCUGCUGACUGUGCAGGAAUAUGAUCUUGCAGGGCUAUAUAUAUAUGGUGUCUGCUCCAAGACCUGUCAGAUACUGGAAAUGCAGACAGAUAUAGUGCUGUGGCUGCACUGACAGAGAGAAAUCAGAGGUUCAACAGCUCCACGGAUGACACUGCAAUUAAAAGGGAUAAAAAUAUUAAAAAAAAAAAUGUUCAGAAGGUAUCAGUUUACAGUGAGCUCAAGUCUCCAAUUUGUAGAGAGUUGUUUGCUCUUAGAGAUGAUGGUAUGCUGCUCCCAGCAAACCUAUGUAAACAUUUUUUACCAAGCCAGAAUGUUUUUCCUAGAGCUACCUCAUGCAUACAGAAGCUCUUAGCUUCAGUUCAGAGGAAUAUUUUACUAGAGAAUUCACAUAAGGAAAAUGAAGCUCCAGGACCUGAUCCUAUAAAUCUCAUCAGUCAAAGGAAAGCAUGAAAGCAUAAAAGUUAAGCUACUGUGGAGAUGAAAGCCAGAUACUACAUAGUAGGUCAAAAGCCAGACAAGACACAAGGCCAGAUACGGAAGAAACGAAGUCCAACUUCAUAAUCACGUUGGUGGCAUUUUGUUUUGAUUUUUCUUUUUUUUUUAAUACCAUAUCUAUAAAAUGCACUCAGAGUACACCCUUUCCAGAAACUCAGAGAUUUAUGUGUUUCAGCCGCUACUGAUCUAGUGUGACUGGAACAUCGUGAAGUAAAAAAUGUUCUGGGUAAUCCAACUGAAUGCAAUUUGUAUAGCAAAAAAAAAAAUUAAAGCAGUGUUUUCAUCUGAGCAAGUUUGCAUAGCCAAGAUUACUUGACCUGUUGUUAAGCUUUGUGCUUCAGUGCUUUGCUGGGAAACACUGUCAGCUUUUUAGACUGAAAGGCUGCAAGUCAGACUGGAAAGCUCCUAACCCUUCUCCGAUUUCCGUGGGGAAGAGCAGAGCUGAGGAGACUUCAAGGUACAGGAAUGCAAACACUUGGGACUGUGCACAGCUCAGAGGGCUGACAGCCUGCCUUGCAGGUCUCUGUGCUUGGCACACACUGGUCUGUGUGGCUCCAUGCAGCACUGAGUACUUCAAGCCCCCCAGCAGUGUAACAACCAACCUGGGGAGAGCAUGUUGAGCGAUGCACCCGCUUUCUGCAUUGAGGUUUGGGGCUCAUGUUGCAAGGCAACACCAGCUUCUGGCUUUCAAAGACUGAUGUUCUGCAGAAGCUACUCCUUGAGGAAAGGAGAAGGUCCCGAGUAUCCCCAACCACUAGAAGGUUGGGAGGAAUUGGCUUAAGGUAAGUGCUGGUGUGCAGUGACGGGAACCAAGCAGGGGAAUAAAGCAUGCUGCUUUGUAGUGAUGCUGAUCUUGCAGAUGUAUCUGCCAAAAACAUCAGCUGUGCCUGGCCGGGUCUGCUCAUGCCUGGCAGACGCGCAUGCGUAUGUCACAAUAACCAGAAGGAAAUGUUACUCAGCUGCGUUUUCCUGAGGGUCCGUGGCACAGAGGUAUCCGUGCUGUCCCACAGAGAGAGGCUUCGAUAGAGACAGCGAGGUACAGAUGUGCUGUUGGGAGUUCACAAGGAGUUCUCACAGGCCAGUUGGACUUUAUUUUCCAAGGUCUUACUGCACCCGGGGCACCUUUCCUAUGUGGAGCAGGGGUUCAACAGGCUCAUCCAACCUGUUGAUGCCCCCAGUUCCCGAGGGUGGUAACUGGGCAGCAUGCCAGGGAGGUGGCACAUGCCAGGCUGUGAUAGCUUUCCUGGGGUUGCUGCUGAGCAGGGAGGGUCAGAGACACAGGAAGUUGGGGAUUUCAUGGCUUGGCUUUAAGGUCUGUCGGAGUUAGUCACACCAUAAGCCAUGUUUAUAUCUUCAUUAAUUUGUCUUUUCUUCUUGUGUGAGAGAAAAGGUAGCAUGAGGUUGCUUUUUACAUUUAAAAUUUCCUCUGUAUCAAGUUAUUGCUGUAAAGAUAUAAAAAAAUUUACUGAUACUCAAGACCCAAUAGAGAAAUCUUCAGUAAAGGGUGAAGGACCUGUCCUGUCAGCAAAGUAUUUCUGUCAGCAAAGUAUUUCUGUCUGCUUUUUAAGUGUUUCACCUCUGUUUAUUUCUAGUUGGGGUUAGUUGGUGAGUGGAAAAUCCCUGCAAGGAGCAGAAAGUGGAAAGUGAAAGCAGGGCAUUACUGGACAUUUUUGAAGGCUCAUGUGAUUAGGGCAGACUGGGAGCCCUGGAUCUUGGCAGGGGAGCCAGCAGGGGUUAGCAUCUGCCUAUGGAGCGGGGAGAGAGUGAAGAGAGGGGAGGCAACAGUGGAGAAAAGCUGCCUGGAAAUAUCAUCCCACCCCAUUUGCUUACUUUCCAUUUCCCCCACCCCCCUCAAAUCCCACACUUCAGAUCCACAAACUUCAAAUUCUUCAGCCAGUGCUGGCAGCAGCACCAUGGUGCUGUGCAGAGGGGAGAAAAAGAAACCUCCUGCUGGAUCUUUUGAAUCUCCUGUAGUGGGAUUGAUCUCCUGCAAUGGUUGAGAAGAUGAGUUUGGAGUAUUUUCUAGGAACAGGCCUUUCCAGGAACAGGCUGUUACUGAGUACAUAGAGCGACCGUGGUCUGAAGGCAGUGCUGGAACAAGCGACAUCUGCAAAGGAGACUUCAGUCUUUCCUUGCUCUUUGUUCUGGCAGUCCAGGUACUGCAGACUUUAUUGCGUGGACCUUUGCACUGUAAAUAGCUCUGUGAGGCAGCUGCUCCCAUAACCAUUUCCUCUCCUGCUCCAAAUACCCAUGAUGCCUGCCAAAGUCAGAGCCGGAUACAUGAUCAUUUCCAGUUUCUGUUUCAUAUUGCUUUCGAAUUCUUCAGGCCGCUCAGAGCAGCUCUGCCACAGACCCUUGCAAGCUCCACGGCUGGCAGGGGUCAGCUCUCAGCUAUGGGUAUGUGAUCCACGAUACUUAAUGUUGCAGGGAUGGCAAAGUGGUGAAGAAAGUGUUGUCUGGGUCCAAAAUGGGGAGAUAAAAUGGAGGCUGAAGCACAGCAGCAAGCAAAGAAAAAUCCUCUGAAUUGGAAUUAUUGGUGGCUACCUGUUUCAGCUUCUUCUCUUUGUAGGUGAUGUGUCUCUAGGGUAGAGCGCAGAGCAGAGACUUUGCUGGUAAGUAAUGAUAUCCCCCCCCUCUAAGGAAUUUGACCUUGGCUGGCUGUCCGACACCGAGCUAGUUGCUCUCUCGCUCCCUAUCCUCAGCAUGACAGGAGAGAGAAAAUAAGAUGGAAAAGUUCAUGAGUUGAGAUAAAGACAGGAAGAUCGCUCCCCAUAUUCCCAGGAUCAACCUCACUCUUUCUUUCCUGACUUUUCUACCUCCCCCUGCCCCUCCCCCCACCGUCAUACAGCAGGGAAGGGAAAUGCAUGUUGUCCUCGAUAACUCAGUAAGAGUUGCCCUUUGCACCUCCAUCAUGCUCAGAAAUUUCCCAUGCUCCAGAAUGGUUCAUUUCCCAUGGGCUGCGGUCCUUCAGGAUAAGCCUGCUCUAGCAAGGGUCCCUCUCCGUGGACUGCAGCUUCCUUGAGGGCCUGUCCACACGCUGCAGCAUGGGGUUCUCCAUGGGCUGCAGUGUGGAUAUCUGUUCCACCAUGGUCCUCCACAGGUUGCAGGGAGACAGCCUGCCUCACCAUGGCCUUCUCUGAGGGCUACAAGGGAAUCUCUGCUCCAGCACCUGGAGCACCUUCUCCUAUCCUUCUUCACUGACCUGGGAGUCUACAGGGUUGUUUGUCUCACAUUUUUCCUUACUUCUCACUGCUCAGCAGCUUUCUCAGAGGCACCACCAGCUUGGCUGCUGAGCUCAGCUGUGUCCUGCAGUGGAUCUGUUGAGCUGGCUGUGUCUGGCAUGGGGCACCCCAGGGCCUCUGCUCACAGGAGGCCACCCCUUCAGCCCCUCGCUGCCAGCAUCUGAGCACCUGCACCUGGGCAGAGCAAACAGCCAAGCACUGAUCAGCUCUUCUGCACCUGUGUUUUCUCUGGAUUCAUUCAUUUGCUCCUGAAAUGGAGUACGCCUGGUAUUGGCUCGAUGAUUCCGAGGAGUGGAUUGAGUAUGGGAAAGAGCAUCCAGAUCACUGCACUGCCAGCAUAACAUCUGAAUUUCUGGAGAAUGAAUACCAAGCUGACAAGAAAGCUGUAAUUGUUUUCUCGGCAGGUUCUCAGCAGUAUAAGAUAAACUUUGCAGACAUGGUCCAAACAAAUUUGGUCUUUAGAACACGAAGAAAUGUUAUUCGACUGCCGAAACAUCUGUUAUCUGAAGGUGGACAAGACAGAAGCCAAAACACGACUCUAUCUCCUUCUACCUAUCCUCCACAAUGGGACCAGUCUGCACUACCUGAAACUGGGUUCAAGUUGAUUCAGCUCAGCUGUGAUUCCCAGGAAUAUGAAAAAAUCAAGAGGCUGUUUGAAAAGACGAUGAGACAUUACUGCAUCAAUCAAAUUCAGAGGAUCCAGAAUCCAACACUUUGGGAGUUUUUUCAGUUGCAAAAAGAGAAGAUGAAGAAGGUCAAUAAAUCAGAAAGUGUGGAUGAGCGGCUCCUGUUCCAUGGGACAAAUCCAUCCCAUGUAUCUGCCAUCUGUGAGCAGAACUUUGACUGGAGGCUCUGUGGGACUCAUGGGACAAUGUAUGGAAAAGGAAGCUACUUUGCCCGAGAUGCCGACUAUUCUCACGAGUACUGUUCUGCUCGCGGUGGUCGCUACACCAUGUUUGUAGCUCAAGUUCUUGUUGGAGACUUUGUUCAGGGAAACUCUGAAUACUGUCGCCCUCCAGCCCGAGCCAGCAAUUCAAACAGACUUUAUGACAGCUGUGUGGAUGACCCAACAGACCCUUCCAUCUUUGUCAUCUUUGAGAAGCAACAAAUUUACCCUGCCUAUAUCUUGGAGUACAGCUUCGAGGCCCGUUGUGUGGUCCUGUAAUGAAUGGUGAAAACUCCUUUGAAUUCACACUGAAUAAAUUACUCCUUAGUUAAUUUUUUUUUAA